AGUUGACUGAUGUAAGCUGUGCGCCCUUCAACAACCUCAUUCAUGGACUUUGUUGUGAUUCACGGGUUCAUCCUGCAUUUAGUACGGAACGAACAGAAGUACUGCAUCUCAAAAAGAUGGGCAUAUAUUAAGCACGAUAGUCUUUUUAUCUUUCCGAAUCAUUUAAACCGUAAGAACUGCCUUAAAAUUUUUCUCAAUCAUUGUGGUGUUUCUGUAUCAUAUCAAGAAGAUGAUACGCCCUGGAUAACAGUAAGGUGGUGUUUUCCAUGAAUUGUUUCAGAUCACAGAAAACUCUGGAGCUACAUAUUAUCUUAGACCAGAAGCAGAGAAAACUUUUCAAAGCUGGCUUACUGCUAUUUACAAAACGUCUAAAAAGUAUUCUUCUUUUUCUCAACAUCUUACCAAUUGUGAAAUUUAAGUUGCAAAUCACAGGCAGUAGGGCUUACUAUGGAGUGCCGACCACAUUUCACAGAUCAACACUUGUCCAACUCACCAGAACAGAAAAUCCUGGCUUCGAAAAGAAUAAAUGAAAAAAGAAGUCUGGAUCAUUUAGGCCCUGAAUAUUCCAACAUUUAUCAAUCUGAUAACAAUGAACUCAAUGCUCAACCAUCACUGAAUUCAGCAGUUCAACCUAUCAACAGUAAUUAUUUGAAUAGAGAUUUAGAAAUGAUUCAUUCAAGGCAGAAAAAUAUUAAAAAUGUUAGUGAAAAUACAUUGAGAAGUAAAAAUGUACAAGUUGAAUAUAAACCAAGUGAAGAUAAACCACCACCUAGACCACCAAGAAAUCCACAUGUAUUACACACUGUUAAAGAACAUGCAAAUAUGCGUGAUGAUGAGAUUGUUGAAACAAAAGCUUUGACAAAUGUAAAACACCGAUAUCCUGUUACUGGUUUGGCUAAACGAAUGAGUAUUGCUGCAUCAGAUCUUUUAGGUAAAUCGCGUGAUGAUCUCAUUUUGUUGCUUCUUCAAUUAAAUCGUGAAAAAGCCAAUCUAAAAAGAUGGUAUGAGUAUUUCACUUAUCAAAUCGAUCAAAUUCAAUUGGUAAAAGGAAAUACAAAAGAAGCAAAAUCAGAUAUAGCUGUAAUUCAGUCUGAAUUGAAUGAUGUAAUUGGCCAGUUGAAAUUAUCAGAUCCAUUAAUUAAGUUUCUUGAUAAUAUGAUCCGUAUGGGUGAUGUUUAUGGUGGUGAUGAUGUAUUGUUUGCUAGUGAAUACCGAAGACAUCUAUUACCCUCUCAUGAGAUUGUUCCAUCAAAACCAAGUUUAGAGUUUGCUCGUAACAUUGAAGAACGUGAAAUAGCUCGUGUUCUAAAUAAUUCAUUACGUCAUUCUCUACAUCGUACAAGUCCUUUAUCUGAUGGAAAUCAUUUCAGUCAACCAAUAACACCUAUUUCAUCAUCGCCAUCAUUACCAUCAUCAUCACCUUUCAAUAACUUAAAUACAUCUAUUGUACCGAAAUUAGAUAAUAUGCCUGAACCGGUAGAAAUUCGUUUACAACGAAAACGUUUGGAACAAGAAUUAGCUAAUAUUGAAAAUCUAUGUGCUCCACAUCAGUUAAUCCAUAGAAAAUUGAAGGAUACACAAAAAUCAAUUCGAUUAACUGAACGAAAUAAAUUAUCUACAGAACAAUCAAAUAAAUUUAAUUCCAAAGGACCAUCAGCUACUUUAUUACGUAGAUUACAUCAAGAUAGUAUAUAUAAUCGUCAGUCAAAAUCUGCUAAUAAUUCAAUUAGACGUAAAUUAACUGGAUCUGAUUAUGCUGAAUUCUAUGGUGAUGUAUAUAAACGUCCCAAUACUGCAUUUGACCAUUAUUCACAAUCAUCAAUAAAAAAUAAAUCAUACAAUAUUCAUCAUAAAUAUCAUUAUGAUGAUGGUGACAAUGAUGAAGUAGUGGGAGAUAAAGAUGGAAUUAAAACAUUUCGAAGUAUCCCAGAAAAUUUAAAUUUAUUUCCAAACGAUUCAUUAUUUAUGAAAAAUACAUUAAAACCAUUACAAGAUGAAAGGCAUAAACCAUUGAAUUUUAGUAAUCCACCAAUUCGAUCAAGAUCUUAUUCUGAGAAACCAAUAUCAUCGAUAAAGACAACACUAAUCAAUAAUCCUUUAAGAAAAUCAUUUGAAUUAUCUUCAAAAUAUUCUCAUGAUGAUAUGGAAGAUGAAGAUCAUUAUGAAAAUAAUCAAAGAAUUUGUAAUGAAUUACGAAAGAAAUCUUUUCAUCAAGAAUAUUCUACAAAUAAAGUGAAUCAAAUCAAUGAAUGGAAUUAUGAUUUAUCAGAACAAAAGACGUUGAAUCAUAUAAAACCAUCUCAUGAUAUAGAUCAUCUUCAAUUUAAGCCAAAUAUGUUGUCCUCCGAUUAUUCAAAGUAUUCUGCAUUUGAAAAAGAUUCAAGCAACUUAAAAUAUAGAAAUUAUAAUCAUAAUAUUAGACAAAAAUUCGAUGAUUUGCUUGAGAAUAUUGAUUUCACAACAGAUCCGGGUCAUUUCAAUCAAGGUGAUCUGUAUAGAAAUAAUGAUGUUUCACCAAAGAAACUUAACAGAAACGAAUUUGGAAGGAACGAAGUAUCCAAAGGUUCAUUUUUUGAACAACCAAUUACCAUUGAUAAAAGCUCAAUGAACAAACCAUCUUUGUCAUCUCUAGAUACUCGUGGACAAAAUCCCGACGCUAUAUAUGCUAAUCUUUCUAGACCCUCAAUUCAAGAAACUGAAUUAUCCAAUGGAAUACAUCCAUCCAAUAAUAAUAAUAAUUACUAUUAUAAUUCUAAAAGAGGGACAAUAAUAUCAAAUUGUUCUUCGAUUAUGGAACAAAAUAAAAUACAACCAAUUAAAAAGUCAUUAUUACCACAAACAAAUACAAUGACAAAUAAAUAUAAAUUGAAUUUAUAUGAUUCUUCAAGACGAUCAUCUUUAAAUCAAGACAAUAUCAAUUCAGCUGGAUCUCUUGAAAGUAUGUUCACUACUCAAGAUCAAAAUACACCUGAUGAAUAUUUCAUUGCUACACCAAGAUCAUCAUCACGUAAAGAUUUUGGCAAAAAUAGUGAUAUUGAAAAUGCUGAUGAAAUUAUUAUACCAAGAAAGAAAGAAGAUAAAAUCAAUUCAUUAAGAAAUGUUCUACUACGACAAAGUUUAACAGAUUCAUCAGUUUACAAUCAAACUGAUGAUCGUUUAUAUAAUGGGAAUCAAUUACAAGAAACAAAUACUGUUAUAGCUGAACGAGUUCGAUUAAUGACAAUUAAACAACAAUUAGCUAAAGAAGCAGCUAGUACAAGUGCACGUCUUAAUGCACGUGAACAUCAAUCUACUUAUAAUAAUGUAUCUGGGUAAAAGAAUAUUUUAAAAUAACAUUCAAAUACAAUAGAACUUUCAAAACCCAAUAACAUAUCAUAGUCUUCUUUUUGUUUUUUUUUGUGUGUGUUUUUUUUGUUCUUUUUUUUAUUGAAAGAAAGUUGUUUUGUAUCGAAUUUCUUUGUUCUGUUGAUUUUUCUUUAGUUUCUAUGCCGAAAAAAAAACAAAAAAAAAAACAGUUAUCAGGUUACAUUAUAAUACUAUCAAAACAAACAUCGUCUUCUUUUUUCUACCUCAUAUUCAUUUGGUUUUAAUCUUUUUAUUAGUCUCAAUUAUUUAUUUAUUUUGACUCUAUUAUCAACGCAUUUCAAUUUGAUAAUUAAUAAAUUGUUAAUAUAUAAUAUGAGAAUAUUUUUUGUCGAUUAUUUAGUAUUACUUGAAAGUAGUAUAAUCUAAAUAAAGUAAUAUAUUUAUCUGAAAAGGGGGUUUUGUGGAGAUUUUAGUAAUUUCAAUAGUUGA